CACAGAUGGCUAUUGAUCCAAUUCAUGUCGUUCUGUUUCCAUUCAUGUCAAAAGGCCACACCAUCCCAAUCCUCAGCCUCUCCCGCCUCCUCCUCCUCCGCCACGGCUCCUCCGUCACCAUCUUCACCACCACCGCCAACCGCCCCUUCAUCGCCGCCUCUCUCUCCGACACCGCCGCUUCCAUCAUCGCCCUCCCUUUCCCCGAUAACAUCCCCGGUCUCCCCUCCGGCGUCGAAAGCACCGACAAACUCCCUUCAAUUUCCCUCUUCUCCACUUUCACCGCCGCCACAAAUCUAAUCAAACCCCACUUCGAAAAAGCCUUACAAGCUCUCCCCAAAGUCACUUUCAUCGUCUCCGAUGGGUUCCUUCCCUGGACCCUCCAAUCGGCUUCCAAAUUCCGAAUCCCUCGGCUUGUAUUCUACGGCAUGAGCAACCACGCAAUGUCCUUGUGUCACGACGUCAUUGCGAAUCGGCUUCUUUUGGAAACAGAGUCGGACGAUGAACCCUUUUCGGUGACCAAUUUUCCAUGGAUAAAGCUCACGAAAAACGACUUCGAACCAGUGAUGAGUGAUCGAAAUCAGCAAGAAACCCCUGAAUCUGAUUUCCUUAUGGAGCAAUUUUUAGCCACAUCGAGAAGCUACGGGCUUAUCGUGAACAGUUUUUAUAAUCUAGAGCCUCUGUACUUAGACCACUGGAAUCGAAAUUGUGCGCCCAAAGCCUGGUGCGUUGGACCUCUCUGCUUGGCUGAGCCACCACGGGUCGAACUCGAACCCCACCGGAAACCACCGUGGGUGCGGUGGCUGGACCAAAAGCGGGCUCAGGGAUGCUCUGUUCUCUACAUUGCAUUUGGGUCUCAAGCAGAGAUAUCACCAGAACAGUUCAGUGAGAUCAAAAUUGGGUUGGAAAAAUCGGAAGUGAAUUUCUUGUGGGUUGUGAGGAGGAAUGAAUCCGAACUUGGUGUUGGUGAUGGGUUUGAAGAGAGAGUGAAAGAGAGAGGAAUGGUGGUGAGAGAGUGGGUGAACCAGAGAGAGAUACUCGAGCACGAGAGCGUUCAAGGGUUUCUGAGUCACUGUGGUUGGAACUCAGUGUUGGAGAGUAUAUGCGCGAAGGUUCCAAUACUGGGGUGGCCGAUGAUGGCGGACCAGCACCUGAAUGCGAGGAUGGUGGUGGAGGAGAUGAAGGUGGGGUUGAGGGUGGAGACAUGGAAUGGGUCGGUCAGAGGGUUUGUGAAGUGGGAAGGUUUGAAGAAGACGGUGGAAGAGUUGAUGGUGGGGGAGAUGGGGAAGGAGGCGAGGAAGAAGGUGAAGGAGGUGGGUGGCGCCGCCGUCAAGGCGGUGGAGGAAGGUGGGUCGUCGUGGCGGACAUUACAUGAGCUCAUUGAUGAGGUAAAAACAAGCAGGUUAUAGCUCGACGUGCAUGAGCUAAUGAUGCUAUGUCUGUCCUAUUUUGUCCGUGCAGAUGGCUAGUGUUAAUUGAGCAAUGGAUGGUGGAAAAAUUAUGAUAAAAUUUAAAUAUAUUAUAUAAAAAAAUGUGCAAGCAAGAAUUAUGUGGUUGUAAUAUUUUUAUAAUUUUCAAUAAUUUAUUCUAUU